AUGCUUAAAUCGACAUACGUGCCGUCGGCGGCAGCGGCAGCGAGCAGCGCACCACUGCCGCCUGGCUGGACAGAACACACGGCGCCCACAGGACAUACCUAUUACUACAAUGCCGAGACGAAAGAGUCGACCUACAAGCGUCCAGGACUCGCUCCUGUGCCCGAACCGAUACCGCAACAGCAUCCAUAUGCGCCACUCAUUGGGUUGCCCUCGCUUUCCGACCCCAAGGUAGCCAAUGCAUAUCUCGCCCAGCACAAUCGUGGACCAUAUCAGCAGCAACAGCAGCGCCAGGACCAUGGAAAAGGCGCCGCCCGACCUCGUCCACAGCCGAUAGACAAGCCGCGGAGAAGGGUCUCCAUCCCGGGCCAUGAACCUUGGGUCCUCGUGUACACCAAAUACUCACGACGAUUCGUAUACAAUUCCGCCAAAAACGUAAGCUACUGGCGCAUUCCUGAGAAGCUGAUGCCUGCCAUCCUCGAAAUGGACAAGAAGCGCAUACAAGAGAAGGCUACGGGUAGCAAAAACACACCUCAAGGUGACGGAGAUGGGGCUGGCGAUAGCGAGGAAUACGAAGAGGUCGAAGUGACAGAUGACGAGGGCGAAGGAGACGACGCGAGCGAAAAUCAUCCUAAAAAACGACUACGGACUGAUGACGAUGCCAAUGUCGACGAACAAGAAGAACAAGAACAAGAGGAGGAAGAAGGGGUAGAGCAAGAUGCUGGCUCGCUCGAGUUCACAGAGGCCGACAUUGCGAUGCAACUACAAAUGAUGGGCGAAGAGUACGGGCUGGAACCUGGCGAAUACGACGACGGCAACAUGCAAGACUGGCCCGAAGGCGCCGCAGGCCUGGCGUUCUCUCAGGAAGAUGCCGAGCUGCUCUUCAUCGACCUCCUCGACGACUUACACAUCAACCCGUACAGCGCGUGGGAGAAGCUGCUCGAAGACGGUAAGAUUGUCGACGACCCGCGGUACACGGCGCUCGGCACAACCAAGGCUCGCAAGGAGUGCCAUGACAAGUGGGCGCGCGCGCGCAUCGCGCAGCUCAAGGCGCAGCGCGCCCAGCAGGAGAAGAAGGACCCGCGCGUGGCCUACGUGGCGCUGCUGCAGGAAAAGGCCACGCCGAAGCUGUACUGGCCAGAGUUUAAGCGCAAGUAUAAAAAGGAGGACGCGAUGCGGGAUGCGAAGCUGCCGGACAGGGAAAAAGAGAAGAUGUAUCGCGAGCACGUGAAUCGGUUGAAAAAGCCGUCAGCGACGCUCAAAUCGGACCUCACGGCCCUGCUCAAGGCGCAGCCCGCGACACAGCUCAACAACACGUCGUUGAAGAAUGGGCUGCCGAGCGCGGUCCUCGCCGACCUGCGGUACAUUUCGCUGCCGCCGAGUGUGCGGGAUCCGCUGAUUGAGGCGUUUGUGCAGAGCCUGCCGCCGCCGCCUCAGGGCGAGCAAGGUAGUUCAGCAGCAGAAGAGGAGGAAGCAAAGGAGCGGAGCAAGGCGAGGGAGAGGCGCGAAAAGGCGCUGCGGGAGCACACACGCGCCGUGGACGAGCAGAGACGCAAGAGGGAGCGCGACGUUGCGGCGAGCAAGGCGAGGCUGAGGGAUGGCGAGAUGCAGAUUGACAGGGCGAUGAGGGUAGAUAAGAGGGGUCUGCAGGGCCAGCUGGCGGAUAUGAGAAUGGAGGAGGCAAAGAAGCAGGCAGAGGAGAGUUGA